AUGGAGGAGAAGAUCCAGCCGCACAUCGUCCUGCUGUCCGGAGACCCGAAGAAGGCCUACGACGGACUGCUGCGCGACAUCGGCGAUGCGCAGGUGGUUCUGAUCGGGGAGGCCAGCCACGGGACGCACGACUUCUACGAGGAACGGGCCAAGAUCACCAAACGGCUCGUCGAGGAAAAGGGCUUCUCCAUGGUGGUGUGCGAGGCGGACUGGCCCGACAUGGCGCGCGCGCACCGCUACGUGCGCGGCCUCAAGGGCGACGGCAGCGCCGCGGAGGCGCUCGAGGGGUUUAAGAGGUUCCCCACCUGGAUGUGGCGCAACACCGUCAUGGUGGACUUCGUGGAGUGGGCUAAGAAACACAACCAGGAGAUCUUUGCGAAGGAGCGGGCCGGCGAGAAACUUGAAAACACUUCUACGGUGGGUCUGUACGGCUUCGACCUGUACAGCCUGCACAAGUCGAUGGAGGCAGUCAUUGAGUACCUCGAGAAAGUCGACCCAGAUACGGCGGAGCGCACCAAGAAGCGCUACUCGUGCUUCGACCACUUCGGGCGCGACCCACAGCUGUACGGGCUGGCGACAACGGCCGGCGGAGCCGACCCGUGCGAGGACCAAGUCGUCCAAGUGCUUAAAGACCUCAUGCGCCUGGCGCCCGAGAAGCUGCGCUCCGCGAAUCACGACCGGGACGCCACGUGUCACGAGGACGAGCAGUUCUUCGCGGUGCAGAAUGCCCUCGUGGUGAAAGACGCGGAGCAGUACUACCGGUCGAUGUACCGGGCACGUGACAUGAGCUGGAACCUCCGGGACAAGCACAUGUUCAACACGCUCAAAGCGCUGAUCGCGCACUGCGAGCGGCUGAGCGGCAGCCCUGCACGCACGGUGGUGUGGGCGCACAACUCGCACCUGGGCGACGCGCGCGCGACGGACAUGAGCUGGCGCCGCAAGGAGCUCAACGUGGGCCAGCUCGUGCGCGAGCACUACAAGGAAAAGGCGUUCAACAUCGGCUUCAGCACGUAUACGGGGACGGUGACGGCGGCCUAUGAUUGGGGCGAGCCCGCACACUGCAUGAAGGUCAACCAGGGCAUGGCCGGGAGCUUCGAGCGGCUCUUUCACAAGGUGUCGCCGUCUCGCUUCCUGCUUGAUGUGAGCAAUCACGUGCCGAAGCACCUGGAGCUCCUGGAGCGUGCGAUCGGGGUCAUUUACCGGGCUGACACCGAGCGCUUCAGCCACUACUUCCAGGCACGGGUCGCCCAGCAAUUCAAUCGUGUCAUUCAUCUGGACUGGACCCGCGCCCUGGAGCCCCUUGAGUGGGGCGAAAAAUGGACCAUGCCCAAGGACGAACCGCCGGAGACGUUCCCGUUCGGAGAGUAG